UGAUUACGAUAUCAGCCAAUCAGAUGUUGGGUAUUUUGUACAGGGGUAUGGUUGGUGUGGUGCGUGUGUGUAAUUGUUUAUUAAUUGUGCAGUUUCGUACAGUAGUGGUUGUGGUGUUGUUUUUUUCGGAGCAUAAAUCAUGAGAACAGCCGUGUUCCUGUGGCUCUCAUCUCAUCAAUGCCAUGACUCCUCGUAGACCCAACCCUACUGGAGGAAGAAGCAUCAGAUGGACUCAUAAACUUUAUCAUCAUAUGUUCAUUGUGCGGUGACCCCUCCACAUCUAUGCUGUUUUCAUGGGAUGAAUAAAGGGAAUGGUUUUUCACAGCCAUUCAUGUUGCAAUAAAUGAUUCUUACCUUUUCUUUAAAUGUGAAUAUUGUAAGAUAUUUAGUCAUGUUUGUGCUCUGCGAAAAGUUUAGUUAUCUUCAGAGGCAGAAUCUGUUAGUGAUGGUACAGUGGCUGUACGUUUGUUCGCUAUCUGCAACGUAGUGCGUGACAUGUGAGUGUUGCCUUUUUGUUUACUACUAUCAAGCUGUGCUCAUUUUGACUGUUAUGUUAAUCGUACCAGGGGCUAGAGAACAUUAGACUCUUCCUGUGAGCUGAAAGAUAGAACUCUAACAAUGUGUGACAUCCAGAAGAAAUUCUUAUGUCCUCGUCUUGUGGACUAUCUUGCCAUCGUGGGAGCUCGUCCCCAGGGAACUGCGCGUGCCCGCACUGGGUCGGCAGUAGGAUCGUCUCCGUCUGUGCAGGCGCCCGAGCUCUUGCGGAGGUAUCCCACGGAGGACCACAAGGACUUCCCGUUGCCUCUCGACAUGGUGUACUUCUGCCAGCCCGAAGGGUGUGUUUCUGUUGGACCACGACGCACUGCAUUGCGUGAAGCUACGUCAUUUGUGUUCACCCUCACUGAGAAGGACUCAGGGAAAAGUCGAUAUGGGAUCUGCGUCAAUUUUUAUCGUCCCUUGGAGCGAGUCCCUCCAGGUGGAGGUUUAGGGGGCCCUUGUAGGGACCGGCACUCAUCCACUUUCCGGAGAGAAUCUUGGAGGAAAAGCAUGGAGAAGAGCUCCGAUUCAGCAUUUUCAAGCGACUACCGCAGCAGCAACGUGGCUCCCAGUGACUCAGAUCGAGACUGUCCGCCAAGCCGGCGUGACUCUGAGACAUCGCAUGGUCUCCACCAACAGUCUUCAGUAUCUGGCCCCCGCCUUGGAGUGACCGUCCCGAGCAAUGACUCGGAGAGCGGAGGUUCCCACUCGCCCUCGCCAAGAGCAAGUAGAAGAAGACAGCGGGUUCGGAACCACUCUCUGACGUCUCUCUGUCUGUUGUCACACCACCCCUUCUUCUCAAUAUUCCGUGAGUGCCUGUUCAUUUUGAAGAAACUCAUUGAUGCCUGCAAUGAGAACACAUCACCACGACGUGUGGGUGCUUCCAGACAAGUCUCUAGGGACACUGUAUGGAGUGUCCUGACGGGACGCGCUUACGAAGGCACACCCGCCAUUGUUCUGCAUGAUGUCCGAGAGAUCGAGACUUGGAUUUUGAGGCUACUCAGUGCACCUGUACCAGUCCCAGGGAAAACAAGAGUUGAGAUUGAAAUCUUAUCUCCCACUCUCCAUCCCUCACUCAUCUUCGCACUGCCAGACCACACUCGAUUCUCUCUGGUGGACUUCCCCCUCCACCUGCCACUGGAACUGCUGGGAGUAGACAUGUGCCUCAAGGUGAUGAUGCUGAUCCUCCUGGAAAACAAGCUCGUGCUGCAGUCUCGUGACUACAAUGCACUUUCCAUGUCUGUGAUGGCGUUUGUCACCAUGAUCUACCCUCUUGAGUAUAUGUUUCCUGUGAUACCACUGUUGCCAACCUGCAUGAGCUGCGCUGAACAGCUGUUGCUGGCACCCACACCAUUCGUCAUAGGCGUACCAGCAAGCUUCCUGCUGUACAAGAAGAACUUUAGGCUUCCUGAUGACAUCUGGCUUGUGGAUCUGGAUUCAAAUAAGAUCACACCACCAUCUGGUCCUGCGGACGAUAUCCCAAACCUUCCAGAGCCUGAGGGCACAAUCCUCAAGAACCACCUGAAGCAGGCUAUGCAACUCAUGGACCAGGUUGGCACAGCAGCUCUGAGCAGCAUGUCGGUACCAGUGUCAGGUUCAGCCCCCCAGCCCAUGCAGGUGGAGACAAUAACGGGGGUGGUACGACGAGACAGUCUCAUGUCACCGGUAUCCAUGCAAUAUCGUGGCACAGUAUACCAUUCGCCGUCUGCUGUGACCAGCCGGCGUGAGUCCGUGGCUUCACAGCAGCUGGAGCAGUCCGUAGCACUACACCCGCAUCCCACAGGUGCCGCUGCAAUGGGCUUCAACCCUUUCAUCUAUGGCAAUGACGUGGACUCUGUAGAUGUUGCCACCAGAGUCGCAAUGGUUCGCUUUUUCAACUCACAGAAUCUGUUGGCAAACUUCACAGAACACACACGCACGCUUCGCCUCUACCCUCGCCCUGUGGUUGCGUUUCAGAUCAACAGCUUCCUGCGAUCUCGCCCUCGCACUUCUCACUUCCUUAACAGAUUUGCUCGAACUCAGGCUGUAGAAUUCCUUGCUGAGUGGUCUCUGACACCAAGCAACGUGGCCUUCCUACGAGUGCACACGGGAGUGUUUGACCCUACUCUGAUUGGGGACAAGUCCAAGUGGUACGCACACACAUUGGAGCCAAUCCACUUCGUUGUAUGGGAUCAGUCAAGCUCUCUGAAUGGGGCGNNNNUGACAUUGUCUGAUGAUUGUGAUUUGCCUGUGUCGGCAGAUGAGAGCGGCUCCGACUCAGAAGGAGCUGAGAGCACCAGCUCAUCGUAUUCAUCACUCAGCGACUUUGUAUCUGAGAUGGUGUCUUCAGACCUGUCCCCCAGUUUUCAAAGUGCUGCAGCCCACCAAGAAUACACCACAGAGGUGCUCGCCUCACAGCCUACCAUCCUCUCAAGUGGACUUGACCUCCGUUCCGUGUAUCACCCCCCAUCAGUGCUGCAGUUCCCAGGGACAGAAGCUGAGGAAGAUAGAGCUGCUGCCGCCGGCCACCCGGAGUCCCCGCAUUCAACCUCAUCGAGCCACAGUGACUUGAGUUCACCAAGUUUUAACAGAGACUCCGAACUUGAGUUUGCAGCUCGACUGAGAGGGGAUAUUCCAGAUGUUAGUCCGCUGCUGAUGCGGACAGAGGCAGUGGACAAGGAGGAGGCAACGAGCCCUGGCGGCGAAUCGGACUCAAACUCGACUACGACCACCCCUAAGACUGUGAUCAGCAACCAGUCGUCCCUCCCUCACCACAGUCCAACCCCUAGCUUAGGAAGUGAGACGUCGCUAGGAGGAUCUGACCGUGACAGACCUACCACGCCAAAACCCACUCCGCGGCUUGCAAGAUCAGUCACCCCAGUGCCUCCUCUGAGUCCAGGUCUGAUGCAGCGUCAGCCCAGUUUGGGCAAUGUGUUGGCCCGUACAUCAAGCUGUGGGUCAACUGCGGGUGGCCCUGGUGGUUCUGUUAUGAGCAUGACACGACAGGGCAGUCAGACUUCACUGUUUGAGCAGUUUGCGUGCACGGCCAAAGAACUGGUGAGGGAGACGACAAGGCAGAGCAGUCAGGAUGGAAUACUAGCUCAGAUGGACAAGUUGAAACUCCAGGCAAAGGAGAAAAUCACAGAAGCUACGACAGAAGAGGCACGCCUCUUUGCGCCCUUGGAACAGCUCACAAUACAAGCGAAGAAGGCUGCAGAAGAGGCAUCCAAGUCUAUGCAUGAAGCCAGCAAGACAGCCAUAGAAGCCAGCAAGACAGCAGCUGGCGUUAGCAAGAACACGUUUGAGGACCUGACGUACGUCAGCAAAACUACUUUCGGGGACUUCACCAAGAGUGCGAAGGAGGUGGCCACGAAGAAGGGCCUACUCAAGGCUGUGGGGGAUUCUGGUGAGUCUCCACCAGGUUUAGCCCCACCACCAACGUCACCAUCUUACCAGCAGCACCACGUGGUGCACCCCUCUCAUCAACCUGCGCAUCCUCCCCACCAGACAGUCACGCCUGCCGCCAGCCGGGAACUCGUUCAGUCAGACCUUAGCAGAACGGCAGGACGUGACCUCUUGGGGGCAGGUGGAAGAGAUUUCUUCUCCAACAUGAGCUCCGAGCUGAAUGGCAUUGCUGCUCAGACGUCAAGCAUGUUCAGUGGUAUCUUCAGCAAGCGGGACUUUGGCAGCAAGAGCGCUGUAAGGCCACGCAGCGUCAGUCCAAACCCCAGUAGUUCAGCCACAGUAGUAAGCGCCAGUGCUGCUGGCACGGCCAAGGCGAAGGAGAAGGCACAGCACUUUGGACCAUUCCCCAAAGGCAGGAAAGGUCUGGUGGAGAAGUCAUCUCUGAUCCGUCACAGCCCCAGCAAGUCGAGGCAGGAGGAGCUGCAACGCAUGCAAAGUGCUGAGCGAUCCUCCACCAACUCAGAGAACCAGGCCUUUCUGAAGGAUGUUGUAAAUCAAGUGCUUGAAGGAGAGGGCGUCGGUUGGCUGAAGCUCAGCCGUCUCAAGAAGCUCAUGGAGGACGAAAGUUACCGAAACUUCGUAGUGAGCAAGCUGAAUCGCACGCUGGAGCGAAAAAUCAGCCCCGAUGAUCACAUUGAUGAUGUGUGUGUUAGCCGAGCAGUGUGGAAGGGAAUGCUAAAGACGCUGCAGGCAGUGAUAUACGGGCUUGAGCAGACGUACUCCAACUUCGGCUUGGGCGCUCAUGGGCUGGACCUUGGAGCAGGAGGCACAGCCAUGAUGUCUCAGGCUUCCAGUCCGUAUGGGAGCCGUGAGAACCUGAAGUCUCCUAUCAGCCCACAUGAUGGCUCGCCCCUCCCUCACCUUGAUUUCUAUCAGCAGGAUUCUGCCUCACGGAAGUCUUCUCAAGCCGGCAUCUAUGAUUCACCCCCAUCAGUGAGGCUGGUUCAUGAUCCACUCCAAGGACCUGGGGCAGAGGAAGGGCCAGACAAUCAGUCUGCAGCUGAUAUGCUGCGUGACCUCCUCAACCAGAAGAGGCACAUGCUGCUUUCAAAACUCACAUCUGUCGAGUCUGAGGGUGGGACAGAGAGCACUUUGCACGGCUCGGCUGAGGGCGUCGCAUCUUGCAAUGCUUCAGAUGCAGGCAGCAUCAUAACCAAUCCUGUAUUUGCGAGGCAAAGAGUGGCCGGGCACCAGGCCUCAUUCCGCAGUACUGUGUCUGAUAGCGAGAUAGAACAAGGCAACUUCCCCCGCCAGUCAAAGCAGCAGACACCUAGUGUGUGGUCCAGCAAAUCAUCUCUCAGCACUGGCUUCCGUUACCAUGGUGGCAGCAUGAUCAACACGGCCACCACACCAAGUCCUGACACUGGCCGGACUUAUCUGUUUGAAGGUCUGAUAGGGAAGGACCGUUCAACCGUGUGGGACCAGAUGCAGUUUUGGGAAGACGCAUUCUUGGACGCGGUAUCGCAGGAGCGAGAUAUGGUCGGUAUGGAUCAGGGACCCGGCGAGAUGAUGGAGAGGUACAACUCUCUAAGUGACACAGAGCGCAAGCGUCUUGAACACGACGAGGACCGUCUGCUGUCAACAAUGCUGUACAAUCUGGUGGCGAUAAUGGUGAUGGUGAACGUGAACAAGUUUGAGCUGAAGCGCAAGGUGCGGCGACUUCUGGGUAAAAGUCACAUUGGCCUCGUGUACAGUCAGGAGGUGAAUGAACUCCUUGACCAGAUCAACAAUUUGCAUGGUAACGACAUUGACCUGAAACCCCUGGGUUCACGUCAGGUGCAUAGACAAAGCUUCACAGUUCAUGCCGGUGUUGACGCAUCAGGAGAUUUGUUAUUCCUAGAAGUGCGAGAGGAUGGCCUGGUGCUACGUUCUGUUAAUGGAACUAUCGUUGAACGUUGGUGGUUUGAACGUCUUGUUAAUAUGACAUACAGCCCAAAAAACAAAGUUCUCUGCCUUUGGAGACGGAACGGAGGACAAACGCAACUCCACAAGUACUACACAAAGAAGUGCAAGGAACUGUACUACGCCAUAAAAGAGGCAAUGGAGCGAGCUGCAGCUCGUGGGAGCGGCGUGUUGGCAGGCGUGGAACUGGGUGGGGAAUUCCCUGUUCAGGACAUGCGUACAGGAGAAGGCGGUCUGCUCCAGGUUUGCAUGGAGGGCGUUGGUCUGCUCUUCGCAAACAGCAAGGAUUUUGAGUUCUUUGUGCGUCUGGACCACAUUCGGAAGUGCUUUACCCAAAAGGGCGGCAUUUUUGUCUUGGAGGAAUACAAUCCAAAGACAAGGCAGAUGAUACAGCGCAAGUACAAGUCUUCCAUGUCGGACCAGAUCUGCUACUCUGUGCUGUGCGUCUUCUCGUACAUUGCCGCGGGCCAGGAACAGCGCCGCCUGCAGCAGCAUGUCGCAGCCGAGCUCCCUUCUACACGGCGUCACUGACCCACAUAAUGGGCUCUGCAUUUCACUGUAGUGAGCAGUUUGUUGUCUGCUGUGGGUGUAGCUCUGCUCAUUUCACGCCUUUCCGUUCACCUUCCUCCAUCUGAAUCCUUGCACACAAAUUCUGAGAUGUGUUAUGACGAGUUUCGUAAUUGGACACGCCCCUUCCACGAUUGACAGUGAGGACUAUUGUUUAUUCUGUAUGGAUUUAGUCAACUGUUCUGCUUAACUAUCUGCGUUAUAUCAUUUCUAUGGUAAUAUAAUUAUGAAUUGUAAAUUGGGAAGGAUGCACAAGAAAAUGAUUGUGAUCUUCUUUGAAGGGAUAACCCAACAUUUGCCUGGAAGGACUGAGGGAAAACUCAGUAGACUUAAGUCAGAAUGACAAAGAUACAAACUCCAUGUUGAUUUCCUACCAGUUACUGGAGGUCAUGAAUAUAACCUGAAGUUUGCAGGGGAGCAUACGAUUAUCCUUCCUAAUGAAGCUGGAACUCUCAGUGCUAAUGUUACUUAUAAAAUCUGCCUCUAAAUGACUCCAACUCAUUAACACAACUUUGUGUUGGUCAUUGAGAGUGUCUUUUAGGAUCGUGUAUAUUAAUUUUGAUUAAAAGAUUACUUUUAAUUGGAAUUAUUAUUAUUAUUAAGUGUUCUGUCUUGGAAUAUCUUGAUUAAAUUAAGUUUUUUAAACACAAUGAUGUGUCUUAUGAUAACAUUAAGAACUGCUGGACAUCAAUGAUACUGAAUAUUCAGAUUUCGCUAAACUAGAAUUUGAUUGGUAUAUAAUUCCAUGUUAAAAAAGCUGUAAACAUGAUACAUCCAUUGGUUGGUUCAUCACGUCUCUCAGCUACCUCUUCAGAUGAUAUAUAAGGGUUUGUAUAUUCCUCCAGUUUUGUUCACUUGGCUGGAUUGAAGAGGGUGGUUCUUUAUUAUGGGGACGUGUUUGAGUCAGUUGACAUCCCUGCUCUUCAUAACCAAGUAAUGCUGCCAUGUAGGCGCUUGGUGGGAGAGAAGGUAUAGUUCCUGCUUGUUCUUAACCUUGACACUAGAUAGGGGUGACUGGUCAGUGUCUUUCCCCAGAGAAACAACCCUCGUAGCCAUCGGACAGGGGGCUGGGUGGGCCUCAGAGCCAGAGGAAAAAUCGCCGGUCGUCCAGUCCGUAGUAAGUCACUAUACUGACUGAGCUACCCUGGCUCCUUCCUGGUCUUCGUACAAGUUGAAAAAUUCCGUAUUUAUUGGGUUGGAUUAUGUGCAGGAGAAUUUAGUCAGGAUUGCCUGUCGCAUAAUUGUUAAGUGGUGGACCUUCCUUUCCAUCCUAUUUGUAAGUAAUGAGAUCUUCAGAAACAUCCCUCUUCCAUGCAUGAAGUAAAUAAAGGAGACUUCAUCAGUCACACAUUCUGUUCAAAUGUCACGUACAUGACAGAAAUGUGCAGUGGGUCCUCGAUAUCCAUCAACUUCAAAAUUCGUCGUCUCUUUUAUCUGACGUCGCCUAUUUAACACCAUUAUUUCCACUCCAUCAUCAUGUUGCCAUCUGCCUCAUGCUUCAUGUAUGUCACUUCCUAUCAGUCAGCAGCUUAACAUUCUGACAAAGGAAGUCCAACAUUCAUAAAAUUACAUUCCAGUCCAAACCCAGAAAUUGUAAAAUUGAAAUAAAAUAAAUAAGACCUCUUGAUGCCUACUUAUAUAAAAAGCCCUAGCAGAAAUUGUAAGUUAAUAAUAGUUAUUAAUUAAUUAAUUGAAGGAAUUAAUUCUUUCAGUCCACAGUUUCCACUAGCUUAGAUUCACUUGGAGAUCUAAGUAGAACUCAAAUGGAUCUUAAAGAACUAGGGUUUGGACUGAGGUCAAUUGUGAUGAUUCUGUAGGUUUCAUAAAGGAUGUAAUUUUUUGUCCAGCUGAGUGGCUGCUUGCUUCAUGGAGUUAAGAUUCCUGCUAAUGAAAGUUUGCUAACGUAGCCUAGACAUUUCAAGUCUUAUUAAUUUUUAGCAUACAAAUCCAUUUCAUACAACAUAUCAAGUUUCGGACGUCUACCUGCAGCGAGAUACGGUUUUUGCUUCAAACUGAAAGCUGAACUGUUUUACACAAAGUGGCAUUAGUGUUGCUCCCACCUUAGAACUUCGCGUUACUAACAACGAGAAAUAAAAAUACCACAAAGUUGGGAUGACCUCAGAUGGCAUGUUUAUAGCAGGUUUCAUGAAAACUACAAAAUUGUUGAAAAUACAUUUUUGGGAGAUUUGUUUAUGUCCUUAAAAGAACACAAUGGUUAUUUUAAUGGACCAUUUGAAUUAAAGUAAAAUCUUCAUCACAGACUUUUAGUAUAUAUUUGCUGUUAUUUCAUCCUUUGAAGAUAUUUUUGCUUUAAAUAUGUGAAUGUAUUCUCAUCACAAGGAAUUUAUUUUUUUUGUUGCACUGUAUUAUCUGCAGGAAUAUUAAGUGUGUUGAGUGUGCAUGUGUAUUUUUCUAACUUUGGCACCAUUUUGGGAUGGACCACCCACUAAUUUCCUCUGCGUUAUUAAAUAAACGUACUACAUGGGCCAUCAGGACUUGCUGCGACCUUUGAGGUAAGAAGGAAACACUUGAAUCAGACAAUUGAAAAUGUUUGUGGAAUCGUUACCAAUUCUGAAUGGACGUGAUGUGUGAUGGACCAUUCUUUUUAUACUGAAAUUGAAAUCAUCCUUGUAGAUGGCUAGAAUAAGAAACACGUGCGUUGCCAGUAUUCGUAAAGCUUUGAAAUGAUUAGCUCUAGACAAUGUUGUACGGCCAUCCCAGUUGUUAAAAUGUCUGCAGUGCAGAUUUUUUUGUUUGUUUUAGGAAUUUGCACAGAAAAAGAUUACAAAUGCUUUGUUCAUUGAAAUGAAAGUGGCUUAGGAGCGAUGUCACAUUUCAUCAGCGGUCGUGGGCUUUGCUACUAAGCACUGUUUCAGGAUCACAGGAUUUCAGCUGUGCCCCUCUGACUGUUGCAUUAAGAACAGAGGAUGGAUUUCAGAACUGGAAGUACAUGUCUCAGGAUUUAAUUGAUGCCAAAAUCUUAUGAAGGUGCAGUUCAGCUCCAAAAUUAAUUCUUUGAGUACAUGCUAGAAAUUUCAAAAUUAAUUUUGUAUUCUUCAUCUUUGUUUGAUGGUAAUUAAGUAUAGUUCCAUUAAUUACAAACAGAUUUUUACAUUUUAAGUAUUUCUUCUCAUAACAAAACAUAAACAAAUGUUUUGAUAUUCUUUAUUUCCUCAUUUCUUUCUUAUUUUUGUGUUUCCUUCAGAACUUUUUCAGUAAUACUUACGUAAUUGCAACUGUUAUUUUAUUUACAAGAUAAAAACUGUCUUACGAUAUUGCGCGUAUUUUUGUAUGGCGGAAACUGUCUUCUCCAGUUCCUGUUCUUGAAAGUGUAUUAUAAUUAUUAUUAUUUAUUACUUAAUUUCUGUACGAAUAGACACUCGGCCUUCACGGGAUAUGGGCUGAAGGUUGCUCCCAAGUCCUCUUGAGAUUAUUCAAUGGAACAAAAUAUAUUUAAAAUUAGAAGUAUGGGCGGAAAGGCUAAAACAGCGGUAUCAUCAGUACAUUUCUCUGGAAAUGUGUGAAAUCUGUACUCUUAAAAUAUCCAAGCAAUAGGAUGAUUGUGAAUGACGAUGUGUAUAUAUAUAUAUAUAUAGGCAUUUGUAGAUGGUUCAUUACAUUACUGUUACUUGGUUUGUGAUCUGUAUUUAUGUGAAUACAUACAUUUAGUUUCUUACACAGUGUUUGUACAUACUCGUGUUGAAAUGUCUGACAUUAUAAUUACUCUCUGAAGAAUAUGGCGAUGCCUCCAGGUGAAGGUGGUGUCGUUUGCUAGAGAAACAUUGUGAACAGCAAAAGUAAUAACUUUAAUAUGUACCCAUUAUUUAAUUUAGUGUUAAAAGUCAGAAUGUUGUAAUACGCUCAACUGUUAGAAUUGUGCGAAUAGUGAGUCUUGUGGUCUCUGCUUUCCGGUGGACACGGAUAUAAUAAAGCUGUGGGCCCAUUUACAACUGGGACCCAAUGAACUUGUAACUCUUCUGUGGCCACGAAGCUGCCAUAAAUCUUUGAAGAGUAGUUGGAGUCACAAUAUAAAAUGUGUGUUCUGGUACUUGCCUGCAAUUUUAUCCCAGGCUAUAAAAUAAGCUCUUGUCUUACAUGGAAAUUGUUACUAAUUAGAAACAAGAAUUUCUGCAACCCACGUAUUAUGAAAAAUAUUAAGAUAUAUCAGUUUAUGAAAUUGCCGUGUCCUGGUGGAUGCCGUAGGAGUCGUCAUAUGAUCAGUUGCUCUCAAAAUUUAAGGCCUGGCUGAUAUUUUAGUUUGGUAUUUAGUUAAACGUUUAUGGCAAUCUAACCUCUGUCCCUUUCUAUCCACUGAGUUUGUAUUUCACAUCAUGCUCAACUACUACAGACUUAAAUUUCUAAGUAGUAUUUGCGGUUUCCAUGGCACUGAGUCCAAAGAUGGCUGUCUUCUGGGUUAUAGCGCGGUGUAGUCUGGUAGAAUAUUACUGACGUUUCAGAAAUCCUUGUGAUAAGUUAUCACCAUGAUGAUGGAGGAAGGAAGGACAGAUGAUUGGAUUGUGCAGUAACGUGUGAUUUUCUUAUGUGAGAGGACGAGCCCACCAGCUGGUGUAUUGCUCUGUGAAUAUGCAGUAAAUGAAGAAAUUAACUGCUCUCACUUGCAGUGUUUAUGUUUGCUAUUUUAAGAUUUACAUAAAAAAAAAAUUUGAGCAGUUUGUGUUCUCUUUAACUUAAUUUGAAAGCGUCCUUAAACAACUUUUCUGAAUUCAGACUUCAAAUUACUUAUUUAUUAUCAUCCAAACUGUAAACAGACAUUGUCUCUGAGACAUUGCUGGUGACUUUGUCUGAACAUCUAUGCCAUAGAUCUGAGAUUCUGUCCUGAAGAUGAGAGUACCAGGUCCUUUGAAAUGCCACUUUUAUCACAUCAAUCAGAAUUGCCAUAAAGACCUCAGAACUCGCAAAGAUAAAGGCAAUAAAAAUUUCAGAAUUUAUUGUUAUAUAUUUGUAAAAUAAAUAUUGGCUUGAAGAUGGCGGAAGACAGCCAUCUUCGUACUUGCCUCCUGUGAGAUCCUGAAAUCCUACUAAGGAAUGGUUUGCUGAACUCUGUUAGAGAUUUGUGCUUCAUGUUAUAAAAGACUCUGGAGAAAACAGUGUAUUAGCAGUCAAAGUUUGGAACUUUUUAAUAAUGUGUUGUUGUUGUUGUUGUACAUGCUCUCACACCAGUUGCAAAUUUUCUUUCAAGAAUGAAACACCAGUACAUGAAGAAUGUUAUUUUAUUUCAGAUACUUAUGUGAACAUAUCAUUAAUAAAAUUUGCGUCAAACAGCAUCUUAUUUGAUAACACCCGCCACAGUUGUAAUGUGCCCAGUUCUCUAAUAAAAUUCUUAGUGUACAAAUUGUACAAAGUUUAUAUGUCCAGUACAAGCGGUGUAUUAAAAUGUUGUUGAUCCAAAGAA